GUUUAUGACGUCAAGCUGUCAAAAUCAGCCCUCCCUAUAUAAAAUAUAAGACACUUGUUUAUAAUAAUUAUUUGUUAUUAAUUAUUGCCAAAUUCUUUUUAGUUGUUUUAAUAACAAUAAAUAUAAUUAGUUUUUUCAAGGAUGUCAAAAGAACAAAGUCCUAGUGGAAUAAGUUUAUGGGUCUACAAUCAAUUUUUGGUGUUUUUCUGUUUGGUAGGGCUGGGGCUGUCUUUGUACGCCUACACGGUGGAGCUUACUAUGGAAGAAAAUAAGGGGUACAAGCCUUAUUGCGACAUCAACCCCCAUAUGAGUUGUACUAAAGCUUUCGGGUCAGAAUAUGGAAAAGGAUUUGGGAUUUUCGGGGAAUCUUCGGUGUUCCACAAACCAAACAGUUUUUUCGGUAUUGUCUUCUACAGCAUGGUUGCUACUUUAUGUCUAUUCAACUCCCCAAUAGCCGUAAACGCUUCGCUGGUACUGAUAAUGUUCUCCAACUUUGCCUCUCUAUACUUCGCUUACAUUCUCUACUUCAUCCUGAAGGAUUUGUGCCUGGUUUGCCUGGGCACUUACCUAGUCAACGUUAUAAAUUUAGUUUUAAUCACUAGGAAGCACAAAAAAGUAAGACUGAUACGUGAGUUGAUUGAAAAUCUGGAAGGACAACAACAGGAGGCCGAUAUUAGAAAUAAAAAGUUGAAUAAAACUAAAGUCAAUUAAGAUGUUUUAUGGAUAUUAUAUAUGAAGUCGCCAGCUUGUGGUGAUUAUCUAUUGGGCAAUUAUUAUUUUUAAGAAAUAUUUUGUAAAAAGCUUGUUGUUAAGUUUAAAUGUUUGUGUGUUCAAUGUAUUUUUAAUAAAAACUAUUCUGUGUUUA